UUUCUCACCCUCAUCAACCAGUGCCAACUACAACCACAUCCCUACCACCAGUUUCUCACCCUCAUCAACCAGUGCCAACUACAACCACAUCACUACCACCAGUUUCUCACCCUCAUCAACCAGUGCCAACUACAACCACAUCCAUACCACCAGUUUCUCACCCUCAUCAACCAGUGCCAACUACAACCACAUCCAUACCACCAGUUUCUCACCCUCAUCAACCAGUGCCAACUACAACCACAUCACUACCACCAGUUUCUCACCCUCAUCAACCAGUGCCAACUACAACCACAUCCAUACCACCAGUUUCUCACCCUCAUCAACCAGUGCCAACUACAACCACAUCCAUACCACCAGUUUCUCACCCUCAUCAACCAGUGCCAACUACAACCACACCCCUACCACCAGUUUCUCACCCUCAUCAACCAGUGCCAACUACAACCACAUCACUACCACCAGUUCCUCACCCUCAUCAACCAGUGCCAACUACAACCACAUCACUACCACCAGUUCCUCACCCACAUCAACCAAUGCCAACUACAACCACAUCACUACCACCAGUUCCUCACCCUCAUCAACCAGUCCCAACUACAACCAUAUCCCUACCACCAGUUCCUCACCCUCAUCAACCAGUGCCAACUACAACCACAUCCAUACCACCAGUUUCUCAUCCUCAUCAACCAGUGCCAACUACAACCACAUCCAUACCACCAGUUUCUCACCCUCAUCAACCAGUCCCAACUACAACCACACCACUUCCACCAGUUUCUCACCCUCAUCAACCAAUUGGAAGGUAGUAAAUGUUACAGUUAACAUUAAGUGCUGGUUUUAA